GCCAUUUUAAGAUGACAUCUCCGACGGCAAGAACUGAAGACAAAAUGUCUAGAGAAGUGCAACCUCACAAGAUAUGGCAAUGGGGUUCUAUUAUGACACCAAGGAGAAGAUCCUGCAUGGUGAGGUCACUUACGGAACGUACCAAAUACAAUGGUCCAGGAGAAUGUCAUAAGAACAAUAGUUGGGCAUGGAGUUUGCAACACAUCACCCAAAGCAAAAGAGGGUGGAUCCCAUACGUACUAAAGUGUCUAUGCUUCGCGUAUAUCACAUCUGUGACGUUAUUCCUCGUAUCCUCCAAUCUUCAAUCGACGACAAAAUGCGAUUCACCUGGGAGUUUGGAUGAUGAGAUAUUUACGAACGGUAGCUUUGAGGAAACGACUAAACAAGAGAGAGGAAUUUAUCGCGCAGGACCAGGUGAUGGGAUCAACGAACCUCCUUUGACGGACACGCCUACUGGAAAGUACAGCAGAGCAGCUGUUGCUUCUGACCACCACAUCUGCUCAACCAUCGGAACAAACAUUUUAAAACAAGAUGGUGGCUCUUCAGUUGACGCGGCGAUUGCGACGUCACUUUGUCUUGGGGUAGUCAAUCCACAGAGCACGGGGAUAGGGGGUGGGGCUGUAGUGGCAAUUUACGACAGUAAACGGAAAAAGGCAUUUUCUUUGUCGUGUAGACCAGAGACGCCUUCUACAGCUUACUACACAUUAUUUAAAAAGUACCAAACUCCUGAGGGUGGGUGCAGAAUAAGGAUUCCGAGUAGCGCAAGUGACACUGGUAUAAACAUUGGGGUUCCCGGACAAAUCGCCUGCUAUAAGGCAAUGCAUGAUCGCUAUGGAAAGUUACCAUGGAAACAAUUGUUUCCCGCAACCAUCAAAUUAUGCAAAGAUGGCUUCAAAAUCGAAUGGGCUUUGGCAGCAAGUAUACGAGACAAGCGUAUAUCAAUUUUAAACCGACCAGGGUUGCGAAAACUUUACACGGAUCCAAUUACUGGUGAACUGAAGAAAGAAGGAGAUAUCCUUUACAUGCCUGGACUUGCCAAAACUCUCCAAAUCAUUGCUGAACGUGGUCCCGAUGCUUUCUAUCGAGGGGAACUAGCUAAAACUAUUGAAGAUGAAAUCAAAAUGGUUGGUGGCGUAUUAACCGUGGACGAUCUCAAGAGAUACAAAGUCGAAAUGCUGCCAGCUUUGCAGACGACCUUGAGAAAUGGCGGACAUACAGUGUUUGGAGCACGUCCGCCUUCGGGGAACCUCGGGGUUAUGCAUAUUCUUAAAAUACUAGACGGAUAUGGGUUCACUGCAGAAGACUUAACAACUACUGACCGCACUGUUCUGAUGCUACACAGAAUCAUAGAAGCCUUCAAAUUUACAUUAUCACGUGUUAAACAUCUUGGCGAUCAUAGAUUUGAAAACAUAGAUGAGGUGGUGCAAGAUCUUCUCUCUGACAAAUAUGCAGAUUUAGUCAGAUCUAAAAUAUCUGACGUUGGUGUACACUCGAAAGAAUUCUACGGCGAAACUCUCCCUGGUGUCGAGUCUCUGGGGACAACCCAUGUGUCGGUUUAUGGUGAUGAUGGUAUAGCGGUGGCCAUAACAGAGACCAUUACCCCAGUUUUUGGCUCCAAGGUAUUAGGAGAAAAAACAGGAAUUCUUUACAAUGGUGUCAUGGUUGACUUUUCACUUCCUGGGGCAAGAGGAAGUACAGGUGACCUUUGUAAUCCGGCUCUAGCCUUGUCUCCAGGGAAACGCCCUAUGACGAUGAUGAGUCCAACAAUAAUUGUUGACAGUGAUGGCGUUGUUAGUCGCGUGAUUGGUGCGUCAGGGGGAGGAAAGCUAACAUCUGCUGUCAUUAGCACUGUCGUAAGGAACAUUUGGCUUGGUCAGUCAAUACAAAAAGCUGUAGAAUAUCCUCGAGUUAUUGUUGUAAAUCGGGAGAAAAGUAUCAUCAUAGAAAAAACACUUCCUAAGAAAUACAUUGAUGGUCUAAUUAAGAAGGGGCAUACUAUAACGAUACAGGAUACUGCAUCAGGGGCAUGUCAAGCUAUACAUAACACCAAGAAUGGAACGCACCCGAUUCACGCAUACUCGGACUUCAGGAAAGAUGGACUGACAGGUGGCUUUUAGUUAAUCGUGCAUGCGCUGGACAUUUCGAUCAAUACACGCAUUCUCGGACUUUGGGAAAGAUUGACUGAUGAGCUCUGAUGUGUGGCUAUUAGUUAAUUGCGCAUGCGCUGAACAUUACACCAAAUACGCGCAUACUAUCCUAUCAGACUUCAGGAAAGUUAGACUGAAAGAUAGCUAUAAGUUAAUUGCGCAUGUGCUGAACAUUUCAACCAAUACACGCAUACUCAGACUUCGGGAAAAAUGGACUGGUGUGUGGCUACUAUUUAAUUGCGCAUGCGCUGAACAUUACACCAUAUUCGAGACGAACUGACAUAUUGCUAUACGUUAAAUGCGCAUGCGCUGAACAUUUCAACCAAAUAUGUACGCAACUCAGAAGGUUUUACUCCAUACGGAGCCUCACUGUCAUUGUGUAGGGUGGGCCAAAAAAGUUAUCUUAACAAAUGUUUAUAACUCAGUCAUCCACCAUGGGUUUAAAAUCAUAUUUAGCGGAAUUGAACCUUGUUCAAAGUCUCUUCAUUCCCUUGUUUAGUUUCAUUGGUCUAUCUAAAAUGACCAUAAUAUUAUUAUGGUUAUUUUACAAAUCAUCCUCAAAAUGCCGUUCUCAUCUCUGGAGGGUAAUUUGAAC